CCGGCGAUGAGCAAAUCCCCAACAUUUCCAGAACAAUUCACUUCCGUCCAGACCCAAACCAAAAACACGACAGAAACAUGUUCCUCUUUCUUCUACUUCUAGUUCUGUCUCCGCCACCUUUGGCCUUUUCCCUGAACCAAGAGGGCCUGUAUCUUCAAAGGGUUAAGCAGGGUCUUGCAGACCCGAGCGGCGCUCUCGCCAACUGGAACGAGAGAGACGAGACCCCUUGUAAGUGGUAUGGGAUUCGCUGUGAUUCGGUCACCGGUCAAGUCAGCUCCGUCAACCUGUCAAAUUCGCAGCUUUCUGGACCUUUCCCGGCCGUGUUUUGCCGCCUCCCUUCUCUCUCCAACCUCUCCCUUGCCAUCAAUUUGAUAAAUUCUUCCCUCACAGUCGAUUUCUCUGGGUGUCAGAACCUCACGCAGCUCGAUCUGUCCGACAAUCUCCUGGUGGGUCCCAUUCCGGGGUCUCUCGCCAAGAUCCCCACGCUGAAGCAUCUCGACCUCACUGGGAAUAACUUCACGGGCGACAUUCCCGCUAGUUUUGGGCGGUUCCGGCAGCUCGAGAAGUUGUAUUUGCAGGGAAAUCUCCUGAACGGAACCGUGCCGGGUUCCCUGGGGAACAUUUUCACUCUCAGAGAACUCGGUCUAGCUUAUAACCCCUUUGCGCCGAGUCAGAUACCGAGUGAAUUUGGUAACUUGACAAAUCUCAAAAUGCUCUGGCUCUCCCACUGCAACCUUGUGGGCCGGAUUCCGGGCAGUUUAGGACGGUUGAGCCAGCUGCAAAACCUUGACUUGUCUUUGAAUGGACUCACCGGGUCCAUCCCGAGUUCGAUCGGCGAGUUGAAGAGCAUUAUGCAAAUUGAGUUGUAUAACAACUUCCUCUCUGGGGAGUUGCCAACUGGAAUGGGCAAUUUGACGACUUUGCGACGGUUCGACGCUUCGAUGAACAAUUUAUCGGGGACGAUUCCGAGCGAGUUGUGUGGAUUGCAACUCGAGUCCUUGAAUCUGUACGAUAAUGGGCUCGAAGGGCCUUUACCGGAGAGCAUUGCUAGUUCAAAACUACUGCACGAACUCAAAUUGUUUAACAACAAACUCAGUGGGUCUUUGCCGAGUCAACUUGGUGAAAACUCGCCAUUGCAGCUCCUGGAUUUAUCUUCUAAUCAAUUUUCUGGUAUAAUUCCUGAGAAUUUGUGUGCAAAGGGAAAGUUAGAGGAUCUUGUUCUGAUGAACAAUUCAUUUUCCGGUGAAAUUCCGGUGAAUCUGGGGAAAUGCAAAACCCUUCUCCGGGUCAGACUGAAGCACAACAGGUUAACAGGUAGAGUCCCAGACAACUUCUGGGGGCUGCGCAGAGUAUAUUUGCUUGAGCUCGAUGAGAAUUUGCUUAGUGGGCAGGUUUCCCCGAGCAUUUCUAACGCUCAUAAUCUGUCAAUACUGUUGAUUUCUGGGAAUCAGUUUUCCGGGCCAAUACCAGAUGAGAUUGGAUUGCUGGGCAAUCUGGUGGUGUUCUCUGGGAGUGGUAACAGUUUCACAGGUCGGAUUCCGGCUUCCAUGAUAAAAUUGAGUCAGUUGGAUAGACUUGAUCUUAGUAAAAAUGAGCUCACUGGGUGUAUUCCUGAAGGAAUUAGUAAGUGGGUAAAUUUGAAUGAGCUAAAUUUGGCUAACAAUAGGUUAUCUGGUAGAAUUCCCAGUGAAAUAGGUAGCUUGCCUGUACUUAAUUAUCUUGAUCUUUCUAGGAAUUCAUUUUCUGGGAAAGUGCCUAUUGAGUUGCAGAAUUUGAAGCUCAAUUUGCUUAAUUUGUCGAAUAACCAGCUUUCUGGAGAGCUCCCUCCUCUUUAUGCUAACGAAAUAUACAGCAAGAGCUUCCUGGGCAACCCGGGAUUGUGUGGUGAUAUAGCUGGUCUUUGUCCAGAUACUGGUAGAUCUAAGAACCGACAGUAUCUGUGGAUUCUUAGAUCAAUUUUUAUACUUGCUGGUGUGGUUUUUGUUGUGGGGGUUGUUUGGUUUGGCAUGAAGUAUAGGAGUUUUAAAAAGGGUAAAGGGGUUGCCAUAUCAAAGUGGAAAUCAUUUCAUAAGCUCGGUUUUAGUGAAUUUGAGAUCACUGAUUGCCUGAAGGAAGAGAAUCUGAUAGGAACUGGAGCGUCUGGGAAAGUUUACAAAGUUGUGCUUAGUAAUGGUGAUGCAGUGGCAGUGAAGAAAUUCUUUGGAGUGCCAAAGAAAGUGGAUUCUUCGACCGUCAGUUCAGAGAGAGAUGAGUUUGAAGUUGAAGUUGAAACACUGGGAAAGAUAAGACACAAAAAUAUUGUAAGAUUGUGGUGUUGUUGCAAUACUGGAGAUUGCAAGCUUCUUGUAUAUGAAUACAUGCCCAAUGGGAGCUUGGGGGAUUUAUUGCAUGGUCGCAAGGGUGGCUUGUUGGAUUGGCCUACCAGGUAUAAGAUUGCUUUGGACGCAGCCGAGGGGUUAUCAUAUUUGCAUCAUGACUGUGUUCCUCCAAUUGUUCAUCGGGAUGUGAAAUCAAACAAUAUAUUGUUGGAUGGAGAAUUUGGUGCUAGAAUAGCAGAUUUUGGAGUUGCUAAGAUUGUUGAAGGAAUUGGUAGAGGAGCGGAAUCCAUGUCUGUAAUUGCAGGUUCUUGUGGCUAUAUUGCUCCAGAAUAUGCCUAUACACUGAGAGUGAAUGAGAAGAGUGACAUCUACAGCUUUGGAGUAGUCCUUUUAGAGCUGGUUACUGGUAGACCCCCAAAUGAUCCAGAGUUUGGGGAGAAAGACUUGGUAAAAUGGAUCUGCACUACCAUGGAUCAAAAAGGUGUUGAGCAAGUGAUUGAUCCAAAACUCAGCUCCAGCUGCAAGGAAGAAAUCUGCAGAUUCCUUGACAUCGGUCUCCUCUGCACCAAUGCACUUCCCAUCAAUCGCCCUUCCAUGCGAAAAGUGGUAAAAUUGUUGCAGGAGGCUGGUGGUGAAAACAAGUCCAAAAUAGGUAAGGAUGGAAAGCUCUCCCCGUAUUACCUUGAAGAUGCAAGUGAUCACGGUAGUCUAGUUUAAUAAUUUUGUUGAAAGUAAAGAUUUCCACUGCGUUUUAACUUCUCAAGGUAUUAGAUUCCAUCUGAAGAGAGAAGUAUACUAGGGUUGGUUAAGACAUGAUGAGUGAUAGGUAACUGUUAGCUUCCACGAUUAUUUUUCGGUAUUUUUGUCUAGAAUUAGAUAAUAGUGACAUGCAAACAUAAGACUAGUCAAGGAUGAAAAAUCAUCCGCCUUCAUGAGCAACAGCUGUGUAUAAUUGAAAAAUAGAUUGAGUCUUUGAAAAAGAUCCUAAGCUUGAGUCGCUCAUUUUGAAUCUUCCUGUGUGUCAAAGCAUGCAUUUAGUUCACUGGAAUUUUCUACCUGUAUUGCAGCAAACCUUCAUUUACUGAAUUGGGCCCUCUGCCCCUCUACUGUAGCAACGUUUUUGUAAGCAUCAUAACGUGACAGGUUCCACUCCUAAAUUUGACUAGAAAUUUUGACUAAAUACCAGUGAAAGCG